GGGACAGCUGGUCACCCUAGCCGGUGAACGCCAGGCGCCUCCGCAGGGCCCCAUCGCUGGCUGCUGGGCGCCCCUCCUCUAUGGCACUGCAGCAGGAGACGGGCCCCACCCCGCGCCGCUCUGGCCGCCGCUGCCCGCUCUCGAUGGUAGUCCCCGUCCGCUCGGGAGAGCGAUAUGUCAGUGCACGGCGUGCGGGUGAUGACGUCAUCGGCCGCGGCCCGACGGGCGCCUCAGUCCUGCCGCUGAGAGUCGGGAGAGCGAGUGCGAGCGGCGCUACUGAGCAGCCUCCUUCCUCAUCGGCCACCGUAUCGGAAGCCCGCAGCUCCCUCGCCGGCCACCGUCCGGUCGCUCAGCCCACCCGGGAGGCUUAGGGAGACAAGGGGUCCGAAGCUCUCACCUCUCCCAAGUCGGCGGCGGCGGCAGAUGGAGCGGAGCAGCCGGAGGCAGCCGGCGGCAGGGAGACUGGGCUCGCAGGGCGGCCGGCCGCGGCGCUUCUGGGGGCGGCCCCCGGCUCAGCUUCUCCUGGUGCUGCUGCUGCUGCUGCUGGUGCCGGGGCCCGAGGCGGCGGCGGCCGAGGGGAAGGAGUGCGAUAAGCCGUGCGCCAAUGGCGGGCGCUGCCAGCCGGGCAGCGGGCAGUGCGAGUGCCAGGCCGGCUGGGUGGGGGACCAGUGCCAGCACUGCGGGGGCCGCUUCAGGCUAACUGGAUCUUCUGGAUAUGUAACAGAUGGGCCUGGACAUUAUAAAUACAAAACAAAAUGCACAUGGCUCAUUGAAGGAAAGCCAAAUACAGUCUUGAGGCUUCGAUUCAAUCACUUUGCUACAGAAUGCAGUUGGGACCAUUUGUACGUGUAUGAUGGAGACUCAGUUUAUGCUCCAUUAGUGGCAGCCUUUAGUGGUCUUAUUGUUCCUGAGAAGGAUGGCAAUGAAACAAUCCCAGAAGUUGUAGCCACUUCUGGCUAUGUCCUACUGCAUUUCUUUAGUGAUGCUGCCUAUAAUUUGACAGGGUUUAAUAUCACCUAUAAUUUCGACAUGUGUCCCAAUAAUUGUUCUGGCCGAGGAGAGUGCAAACACAGUAACGGCAGUAACACUGUUCAAUGUGAAUGUUCUGAACACUGGAAAGGAGAGGCGUGUGAUAUUCCUUAUUGCACAGAGGAUUGUGGAUAUCCUGCAAGAGGUCAGUGCAACAUGAAUGGGACCAAAGGAUGCUCGUGCAAUUCAGGCUGGCAAGGUCCUGGCUGUGCAGUCCCUGUACCAGCUAAUCAGUCAUUCUGGACUCGUGAAGAAUACUCUAGUCCGAAGCUUCCCAGAGCGUCUCACAAAGCUGUUGUCAAUGGCAAUGUAAUGUGGGUUGUUGGAGGCUACAUGUUCAAUCAUACCGAUUCCCAUAUGAUUUUAGCGUAUGACCUUGUUUCUGAGGAGUGGCUUCCACUGAACAGCAUUGUGAACUCUGUAGAGAUCAGAUAUGGUCAUUCAUUGGCGUUACAUGAGAAUAAAAUCUAUAUGUAUGGAGGAAAAAUAGAUGCAAUGGGGAAUGUGACCAAUCAACUCUGGGUAUUCCAUAUACACAAUGAGUCAUGGGUUCAAGUGAUCCCAAAAGCCAAGGAGCAGUAUGCAGUUGUUGGCCACUCAGCACACAUCGUCACUCUGGGAGAUGGCAGUGCUGUUAUGCUCGUCAUCUUUGGGCACUGCCCUCUGUAUGGUUAUAUCAGCAAUGUGCAGGAAUAUAACCUUGCGACAAAUACAUGGAAUAUUUUACAAACAAGUGGAGCCUUGGUGCAGGGAGGGUAUGGUCAUAGCAGUGUUUACGAUCCAAACACCAAAUCAAUCUAUAUCCAUGGAGGUUACAAAGCGUUCAGUGCUAACAAGUAUAGACUAGCAGAUGACUUAUACAAAUAUGAAGUUGAUACACGGAUGUGGACAAUUCUUAAAGAUAGUAGAUUUUUCCGCUAUUUGCACACUGCUGUGAUAAUGAGUGGAACCAUGCUGGUGUUUGGAGGAAAUACACACAAUGACACAUCAAUGAGCCAUGGUGCUAAGUGCUUUUCUUCAGAUUUUAUGGCAUAUGAUCUUGCUUGUGAUCAUUGGUCAGUACUUCCUCGACCUGAUCUCCAUCAUGAUGUCAACAGAUUUGGACAUUCUGCUGUGCUGAGUGACAGCACUGUGUAUAUAUUUGGGGGGUUCAACAGUCUCCUUCUGAGCGAUAUCCUGAGGUAUACACCAGAAAGCUGUGAAGCUUAUGACAAUGAGACGUCUUGCUUAAGAGCAGGUCCUGGAGUCAGGUGUGUGUGGAACACCACUUUUUCUCUGUGUGUCCCAUGGGAAAGAGCAACAGUAGAGCAACAACAAAAAGUUUUCGAAGAAUGUCCUUCUAAACCAGAUCAUGAAAAAUGUAAUCAGAUUACAGACUGCUAUAGCUGUACAGCGAAUACAAAUAACUGUCAAUGGUGCACUGACCAGUGUAUCUUAAAGCAUAACAACUGCACAGAAGAUCAGGUACCCAUUACUGAAUAUGAUAAAUGCCCCAAGGAUAACCCUGCAUAUUACUGUAACAAAAAGACAAGUUGUAAAAGCUGUGCCAUGGAUCAGAACUGCCAGUGGGAGCCCAGGAAUCAAGAAUGCAUAGCCUUACCUGAAAAUAUCUGUGGAGCAAACUGGCAUUUGGUUGGCAACUCGUGUUUGAAAAUCAAUAGCACAAAAGAGAGCUAUGACAAUGCUAAAUUGGCGUGCAGAACUCAGAAUGCUCUGCUGGCAUCUUUCACAACCCAGAAGAAGGUGGAAUUUGUUCUAAAAGAGCUGCAGAGAAUGCAGUCUUUGGCCAAAACUUUGACCCCCUGGGUUGGGCUGCGGAAGAUCAAUGUGUCAUACUGGUGCUGGGAAGACAUGUCUCCAUUUACAAACACCUUGCUCCAGUGGCUGCCUGGGGAACCAAGUGGUGCUGGAUUUUGUGGAUAUUUAGCUGAGUCUUACCAGCAGGGAUUGAAGGCCGCAACAUGUAUCGACCACGUUAAUGGCAGUAUCUGUGAAAGGCCUGCUAACCACAGUGCCAAGCAAUGUCGCACACCCUGUGCCUUGAGGACGGCGUGUGGAGAGUGCACGAGUGGCAGCUCUGAGUGCAUGUGGUGCAGUAACAUGAAACAGUGCGUGGAUUCAAAUGCUUACGUGGCCUCUUUCCCCUAUGGCCAGUGUAUGGAGUGGUACACCAUGAGCAGUUGUCCACCUGCAAACUGUUCUGGCUACUGCACAUGUGCUCAUUGUUUGGAACAGCCUGGCUGUGGUUGGUGUACGGACCCUAGUAACACAGGAAAGGGGAAAUGCAUGGAAGGCUCCUACAGAGGUCCAGUAAAGAUGCCAUCUCCACCAACAACAGGAAAAUACUACCUGGAACCCAUCCUUAAUGUCAGCAUGUGUCCAGCAGAGAACAAAUACAACUGGUCCUUUAUCCAGUGUCCAGCCUGCCAGUGCAAUGGGCACAGUAAAUGUGUAAAUGAAAGCAUCUGUGAAAAGUGUGAGAACCUGACAACUGGCAAACACUGUGAGACUUGUAUAUCCGGCUACUAUGGAGAUCCUACUAAUGGAGGAACAUGCCAGUCUUGCAAGUGUAAUGGUCAUGCCUCUAUCUGUAAUACAAAUACAGGAAAGUGUUUCUGUACUACCAAAGGAAUUAAAGGAGAUGAGUGUCAACUGUGUGAGGUAGAAAAUCGAUACCAGGGAAAUCCACUUAAAGGAACGUGUUAUUAUACCCUUCUUAUUGACUAUCAGUUCACCUUCAGCCUUUCCCAAGAGGACGAUCGCUACUAUACUGCAAUCAAUUUUGUAGCAACACCUGAAGAGCAAAAUAGAGACCUGGACAUGUUUAUCAAUGCAUCUAAAAACUUCAACCUCAACAUAACUUGGUCAACAAGUUUUGCAGCUGGCACACAGGCAGGAGAGGAGAUUCCAGUUGCUUCAAAGUCCAACAUAAAGGAAUACAAGGACAGCUUCUCCAAUGAGAAAUUUGAUUUCCGGAGCAACCCCAACAUCACUUUUUUUGUUUACGUCAGCAACUUCACCUGGCCAAUAAAAAUACAGAUUGCUUUCUCACAGCACAGCAACUUUAUGGACCUGGUACAGUUCUUUGUGACAUUUUUCAGUUGUUUCCUGUCUUUGCUCCUGGUGGCUGCCGUGGUUUGGAAGAUUAAACAAAGUUGCUGGGCAUCGCGUCGAAGAGAGCAACUACUCCGUGAGAUGCAACAGAUGGCUAGCCGUCCCUUUGCCUCCAUCAAUGUUGCCUUAGAAACAGACGAAGAGCCGCCUGAUCUCAUUGGAGGAAGCAUAAAGACUGUUCCGAAACCAAUAGCGCUGGAACCCUGUUUUGGAAACAGAGCAGCAGUCCUCUCAGUAUUUGUGAGGUUGCCUCGAGGAAUGGGUGGUAUCCCGCCGCCAGGGCAGUCAGGUCUUGCAGUGGCCAGCGCUUUGGUGGACGUUUCACAACAAAUGCCAAUUGCCUACAAAGAGAAAUCAGGAGCAGUACGAAAUCGGAAACAACAGCCCCCGGCACAGCCAGGAACCUGUAUUUGAUGCAUGGACAUCAUAAACUGUCUCUCUAGGGUUUUAAACACCAGUAACACAUAGGAGGAGGAGGAGAAGAAGAAAGAUUUUACAGUGGUGACACAAAAGAGACUAAAAAUAUAUGGAAAAUGCAACUUCCUUGAACCCAGCUUUUUUUCUCAUACACUUGAUAGUUGGCUUUGUUUGACAAUUGCUCCACUUAAGUUUUACUGACAUAUGCCACUGGAUGGUUCAACCUUUUUUUUCCCCCCGGUUUAAAAAAAAAAAAAAAAGAUUUCAGGUCCAGUAACCUCUAAUCACCACCACUGAAGGUCAGUGUAAAUAAAACGCUGGUACAAACAUAAAUGACACUCAGGUUUAUGCAUGGAAAGUGCAUUAUAGUACAUGUAUUUAUCCAACUGUGCCAAAAGGGGAAAAAAAAAAAGAUGCAGCAUUUCCAGGUAAGUCUCAGCCCUCAGCACAUGAAAACAAUAUUAAACUUCAUUGUUGCUUUCAUUUCAGAUGUAAUCAUUUCAAAGAUUUUCUGUUUAUUCCCACAUUAUUUAAUUAGUGCUCUUUUUUUUGGUCAUUUAUGGUCCAGCUCAAUAUAUAGCAUCAAGGUAGGAAAGAAUGAAGCAAAGAUUGAAUAUUGUACAUUGCUUACGCGGAAUUCAAUCUUUGCAAAGUUGAAUGUGGUUUUCUAAAGCACUAGUGUUUCUAUUGUCUUAAUCCGGUUGAAAUACAUGCCCACAAGUGCCUAGACUUAGGCAGAUCUAGGAAGUGAGGGAAUUAGUACCCACAGGUUUUUACAUAAUUGUCUUCCUAUGUUCCUGUAAAAGUUAAUUAGUUACCUAAGGCAAUCUGUGCCAUUUGUAAUGCAUCAUUUGUAGUCAGGGAAGAUGAGGGCAUUUUCCCACCCAAGAAACGACUUAACCUGGGGGCAGCAUCUUGGGGGGAAAGUGGAAUUGAGUUCCUGUGUUUUAUGUGAACGCUGCUGUUUUCACCAGCUGGCAUAAAGGGAAGUUGUAUGUACCUGUGGCCUGCUACCUAAUUAUCCCUUGGUGUUACCUUCUGAGUCCUUUUCUGCCCAUUUGGCCUCCCCUGUUGUUGUGGACAAGGACUGCACCCUGUCGGUGGUCAGAAGUGCUGCUGUUCAGCACUUCCUCUUCUAGGCCCCAUUGGUCUGAGGAUUUUAAUUUAAAAAAACAUAGUAGCUCUGUUUGGCCUCUUGUUUGAAUGUUCAAUCUUGAAUUACCCCCAGUGACUGUACAGUGUGAGGUAGCUGCCUUGGACGUCUGAGGGAGACGUACUGCUGGUAGGAUACACUCGGUAGGUGUAGAAGAGGGCUUUGUGUAGCAAGGGAUUUAUGAUACUUACUAACUCUUUUUGCAAUCGAGCCUCAAAAUGAUGCUGAGGAGGUUUAUUAGACUCGAAGUUGGGCCUACCUUGUAAUCGUUAGAAUCUGACAUAAGAGGAGGUGCAGAUUCUCGGUAUCCCCAGUGCUUUUAAGCCCAAAGUGUAACUGUUAACUAACAGACUUUGUUACCACACCACAGCCAAGUGUAGUUGCGAUGUUGAUGCUGACACACGGACGUUGUUGUGUUGAGGUACCAAACAAGGUGUCAUUGUUAAAUAACUGUAGUAAGUUUAGUUCCAUUCAGAGCACUGGGGUUGAGUCUGGUUUUGGCUGGGGUAUUAUUUACUAACUGAAAAAUAAAUUGAGUGCGGGGGAGAAAUGUAAACUGCAAAGUAACUGUUGAAUAUUGUUUGAUGUUAGCGCCCUCGUCCCAAGAUAAAACUGAAGUAACUGCAUCUUUUUUUUUUUCUUUUGCGUUUUUGGCAAUCUACAACGUAUCCAUCAGGUUUUGCAAACCCUGGAAUUCUUUCUUUGAGGUGUAACAUUUGAAUAGGAAAAUCAAUCACUGUGCAUCUCAGAACAAGAGUGGUGGUGGUAAAGAUUGUAAGUUGGUGGGCCGCAAACCUACAAACAAGAACUCUAAUGAAUCUUCUCCUAACAAAUACAACACUCCAGGAAAAUUCUUGUUAAAAACACAUCUCUUUUUUAAAUCUAUUUCUAAACCUGCAAGUUAAAUGUCCUGGGGGGGGGUGAUAAGGAGAAACUUUGUGGGGUGAAGGUUUUUAGUCAACUUGAAUAUUAGCUGGUGCACAGAUUACCUCAGAGUCACUUCCCAAAAGAACUUGCAACUUCCCUUUGUUUAUAGGGCUGCCCGGGCUAGACCGCACCAGAGAAAUAACACAAGGUAAAAUGUCCCCCCUGUAUAUUUAAUUACCUCACAAAUGUUCAGUUCAGAUGCAGAUCUAGUAUUCAUGGACCCUUACCCCAUUACCCAUCACACUGGGCAAACGAACACAGGCUACAGUUCAGGAAAGCUCUUAACCUUAUGUCUAAGUCCAUACUUAUUCAGGACAGCACUUAAGCAGGUGCCUAAAGUUACGCCUAUGCUUAGGUGUUUCCCUGUAAAGAAAUGCUUUGCUAAAUGGGGGCCAUUAAGUGAAAUUAUUUUUAAUUUAAAAAAAAAAUCAUUUCUGUUCCCUUUUAGAGUAUUGUCUUACGCUUAGAUUGUUGUCUCAAUUGCUCAUAGCGGAAGCAUGCCCAGAACGCUCUCAAGAGAGGAGUUAAGGGUUAGAUGUUAAAAAUAAGGAAGAUGAGCAAAAUUGAUCAACAUUAAGUUUAAUUGAGCCAAAAACUGUAAAUAGAGGAAUAAGACUUUAUUAAUAUAAGUGAAACAAAAAGAUCCUUUAGGCUUUCGCCCUGCUUUGUAUCUUAUCUCCAUACGGACAAGGGAAAAGAGAACUCUCAUACAUAUCUCAGCUGCAAGGAGUUUCAUCCCAGUUCAAAAUAAAUUAUCGGGGAAGGGGUGAAGAGAGAGGGGAGGGAAAGGGAGGGGAAGAAGAAAACAAACUGCAGGUGUUUCAUCAAUGUACCAACAUCAAAAGUGGAUGAUUGGGAGUCAGGGAGGGGAUUCUUUAAAAAACAACCACCUGUAAUUCAUGGGAGACUCUGUAAAUAAAUGAGAAAUAACACCCUGAUUUUGCACUUGUACAUAAACUAUACAGUAGUGUGCAGAAUGUGGAAAGAGUUAGCGUGUAUAUAAAACAGAAAUAUCGAAUGUAUUUUUGAUGCAUUUUAAAUUAUGUAUGAGUUUUGUCUUAACUUCUUCAUAUGAUGAUUAGGUAACUUUCCAGAGCUUUAAAAAGUCAUCACAUGAAUUCCUGAUACCUGGCAGUAGAAAGCAAGGGGGGCGUGACCUGACAUUUUUAUGUAUUUAAAUGCAUUUCACUUGAACAAUAUAAGCAAAGUAGUUUUAAAUACAGCUUUUCCAUUUAAAAAAGAACAAUUGGAGAAGGUGACAUUUAUACUUAAAGCAGCCACUAUUAUGAGAUUAUUAAGUUGGUGGUGUGCUGUUCAAGCCUCUACCAUUAAGACUGUGCUAGUGAUUCCAUUCCAAAUCACUAUUUUCAGGGUUUUAUAACCCUGGGUGAAAUUUGGUAUAGAAGGUCACACUGUUCACUGGGAACAUUUUUAUUCUUUGAGAAGUGUAUUUUGAUUUUUAACUGGAAAUGUUGCAACCUCCUUAUUGUAGAAAAGUCAAAUAGUGCCACUGGAUACAAAAAUACGUUAAUUGGAACCAAUUUUUGUUCACAAACCUGCUCCAGUUUUUUCACCAGAAUUUCAUUUGCAUUUUUUUAGCCUGCCUGAUAGGGUACAGGCAGACCCUGCAGUCAUGUUUGUCAGUAAUUUGUAUACAGAGGAAGAUUUAUGGGUACCCCCACCCAUCAAGUCUCUCUUAGAGCUGUGAGGUUAAAAACAUACUGUAGCAAAAAUGCCGAUGUGCAUGGUGCCUGUGAAUUCCCAAUAUGUAAUGUACCAAAAUAUGGUGAUAUUGUAUAGUGAAAGAAUGACAGGCCAUAAAAGGUGUCUUGUGCCAGAUAUAUACUUCCUUAAAUGCAGGAUGCAUACUAAAUAUUGUUCUUGUAUGUCAUGCUCUAUCUGGCAAAACUGUACCAAAAUAUAUAUUUACUGGGUUUAUAGUGUGUUUGUUCAUCUAGCCAGGCCUAAAUUUAGCUUAAAUGACCCUUUAGUGAAAUACAUGCCCCCUCCCCCAAGGGACUGAAAUAAAACAUUACGGUUUUCACACAAACCAGAGAAGCCAAUUCAAUCCUGAAUUGACAUGAAUGUUAGAGAUUUUUUUUCUUUUUCAUAAAAGCCUACAUUCAGGAUGGAGUGUCAAAUGGAACUUUGAAUCUGCUGGCUUUUGGCUUGCCACAAUGCUUUAAAUAUUGUAUCUGUAAAUGUGUGUGCUCCACCACUGAACUUAAAACAAAAACUGACGAUACAUGUCAGGAGCGACUUUUAAACUAAGCCAUCUACGUUUCCAUGGUAAUCUCGGGGGUUUUUUUUAACCUUAAAUCUUCAUUUGGGAAUGCAACAGUUUGUUUUUCAAUGCACUCCUAAAGUAAGCUGGGAGAUCAGGUUCUCUGAAGAAAUGUGCAUGUUUCAUGUGCAAAGGUGCAACGCCAUCUCAUUUUUGAAUAUAUAUGCACUAGCUUUUGGGGUGGAGUGGAGGCAAAAGAGGGAUAAGAGAUGCUUUUACUUUUCUGACAUGCUGUAGAUAAUUUUAGUCAUGACCUUGCGUUCUGUUCUAGUUGCUUGAAAUAAGUAAGUUCAACAUGUGCUAGUAAUGCCUAGAAUAGCACACUUGCUGUUUAUUCUGCUUCUGGAUCAGGAUGAUUGUUGCUCAAUUUACUGUGUCCUUCUAAAACAAUAAACUACCUUUGUGCGUCUUCCAGGUACUAAAGACAUUUCCUCCUCUGUUAUCCACCCACUCCAAAAUGUUCACCAGGAAAAAUAACAAAAAAACCCACCACAAAUCUAUUUGUGGAAGAGUGUAAAAUACAUCGGUCCAUUUUUUUAAAAAAAUAAAUAAAUAAAAAAAAUAGGUUUUAUAUUACUCUGAAAUUUGUGCACACUAAAUGUUCUUUACACUAAGAUCCUUGAACUAAUUCUGUCUUAAUUUUUUUUGUUCUGUAGUUAUUUACAGUCCUUAUCUGUGUUCCGACUCAAGCUUAGUUUGUUAAUAUGUAUAAUUUAGCGUUUAUUGCAUUCAUAUGUAAAUACCGAGUAAGUAUUGUAAACUAUUUCAUUGCUGGGGAUUGUGGGUGUUAUACAUACACGCAUUUAGGACUGCAGUUUUUUGGUAUAAUUUUUUGUAUUGUAAAAUAACAGCUAAUUUAAGCAGGAACAAGAGAAUUAUGGGAAGUCGGUACAUUUUAAACACAAAUGUGAAGUACAUGUACAUAAAUACAAAGUAAAUAAUGCAAAACUUCCUUCUGAAAUAAAAAGUAGAAAAUCUGGUUAAAAUGUC